AUGGUUAUGGGUGGAAGGAAACGUCGCCGACAAAAGUGGAAGGAUGACGAUGAGAAUACUGGAGAAUUGUUUGACGAAAUAGACGAAGCCAAUAUGGAGUACAAUGAAACCCCUAAAUCGCAGCACAUUCCUUCAAGGAGUCACGAGGAAGAAAUAUUGAAUGUUGAAGGAGACAUUUCAGAUGAGGGUGACGGGGAUGAUUACCGUAUUCCGUCGGAUAAAUCCAGCUUUGAUAGUUCAGAAGAAGACAGCGAUAUAGAAAAGCUUUUGCCGUCUGCUGAUCGGUGGAGUAAAAGGAAAUCACAGUUCUACGGCACUUCUUACGUUGACGAAGACUUUGGUGGUAUGAACGACAACGAACUUGAAUUAGCUGAAUUGGAAGAACAGGACGCUACGAUGCGACAAAAGAAACUCGAUGCAAAUUUAGCCUUUUUACGGGCAGAAAAAAGAGUUUCGAUACCUCUAGUUGUUGAUUCUUUUGUUGAAGAAAAGAGAGAAUUGCAAGUGGCGGAGAUGUCUAUAGAUGAAAAGCUAGAUCAUUUUACUUCAAGAAAUCCUGAGUUCAGCGAAAUGUUGAAGGAAUACAAAGAAAAGAGUCGGGUAUUCCUUACGAAGUUAUUACCGCUAGAGGAAGCAGUAAGUUCAAUUUUCAGAGAAAGAAAGACAGUUUUGGAAGAACAGAUUUGUUUGGCAUACAACGUUUUUCUAAGCUAUAUCUUGAAUAUAUUGUUCUAUUUUCGUUUGAAGUUAACAGAGGGAUUGGCCUCUGAAGAAUCUAGAAGAUUUUUGGAAGACCACCCCGUCGUUGAUGCAAUCAUCGACAUGAAAAAGAUGGUGGUGCGGGUCGAAGAUUUUUUGCAGAGGAGUGAUGAAGUCUUGAACAGUCUUAUAAUUCUGCAUAAGAGUGGGUCCUCCGUGGAUGCUGUCUUGGAGUCAACUAGGCUUUAUAAUGAUGUGCAAGAAGGGAGAAGAAAAAAGAGCCAUUUGGCUGUAAAAUCGGUUACGUCCGAAGACCCAUUAGAUUCAGAAGGUGACGAGUACGCAACUUCUAGUCUUAAUUCUCCAGAAGAUGUAGAUGGUGACAAAUAUAAAAAGCGAGCUGUGACAUCUGAGAUACAGAGAAACAGGGGCUUCAAAUUAAAAGGGAAGAAAGUGCUUCGGCAUUCAAGAGUCAAAAAACGAAAGCAGUACGAGAAGGCCCUUGUCAAGAAACGCUCUCAGAGACCAGACGUAAAGCAGCAGAUGAAACCUUAUGAAGGCGAGAAACGCGGCAUUCGGAUUUCAAGCGUUAGGAGUAUUAAACUAAAAGCUUGA